AUGGAUUCGAUUCGGUGCGCGACUGGAGAGCCAGUGGAAGAUGCAGAUCUCGAGAAGUGUCGUCAGAUAAUUGAACUCUUGAUAAAAACUCUGCAUUUGGGCACUGGCAACAGAAGACAGAUGAUUCUCCGACUUGAUAUCGAGGAAAAACUCAAUCAGGAAGACUUCAAGAUCCAAAGGGUAACUAUUCACCUUUCUGUUUUUACUCUGAAUCAUCUAAUAAAUAUUAAGAUCGAGAAUAUGAUGGACUCCUUGGAAGUAAAAGCAUUCAGCAAUAUUCCCAGAAAAAAGGUAGAAUAUUCUUCAAUCGUAAGUCAAAUGUUGCUUUAAGGAGUCUACAGAAGCUUCAAACGCAAAGCGAAUUCAAGACGUCAGAUUCAAGGUGAGCAGACGCAUCACUUAUUAACUACCCAUAAUUCGGGGCAGAUCGGGUAUUGGCCCAAUAUGUAUAGCCAAUGUUAGUAUUUGAAAAAUUAAUUAUUAAUAAUUAUUGAACAGCGAAUUACAAAAGAAACCCCAAAAAAUAGCAGCAACCGAUAAGAUUACUAGCGAAUGUUCUGAACGAUUCCACCAAGGAAACGGCUUGGUGGAAUCUUCAACUUUUUUAGUGAAAAAAUUUUUGAAAAUUCUUUGUCAUUAGUGUUAAUUCUCCAUUGUCAAAACCCCCAAAAACGGAUGUAAAAGUUUUUUUAAAUUAUUUACUAUGUUGAGUCAUCAGUAGUAUCUGAUUUUACAAUUUUUUACUCAUCACCCGAAAAGUCCCCACCCGAAAAACACAAUGACCGAAAAGUCAAUCUCCUAUUUUUUACAUACAGUGGCGGUCAAAAAAAACGGCCACCCCAAGAUGAUGCGCUCUAACGCAGAAGAGAGUGGUCGUACGAAGAUAAAUAUGGUAUCAUUGUAAAGCUUAUGGAAUACUAAGACGUGUGACUAUACGCUUGUGGCACUGUAGUGCUGGCCUAGCACGUACUGGGGCAAGAUAUUCUUUUGGCCUGGUCAAAAAAAAUGGCCACCCAUAAUUAUUGUGCUUUAAAUGCGGUUUAUGUUAGAAAUUGCCGCCAUAUGCGACUGGACUAGGAUAGCUAUAUCAAUACACACCAAUCCCAGUAUUUCUUAUUUUGUACAUAUGCCCCCAGGCAUCAAUCAAGGUUGAUGACCUUGUUCAUGGUUAAGGCCCGGCCAAAUUUUUUUUUGGGUUUGUGCCGUUGUUUUGAUAAUCCGAAGCAAUACUGUAGACGGUAAUGAUCGUAUUCGUGUGUAAGACUGCCCACAUUUGUUAAAAUUGUGCCCCUUCUGAUAAGAAAACUCAAAAAAUGGAAUUUUUUGACCUAAUUUUCUCCAAAAAUCCGUUUUGGAGGCCGCUAAACAAUGAAUGUAGAACCUUAAACAGGUUUUAUUUGUACAAGAACAUCAUGGACAUUUGUUUUAACACGGCACCGAUUAAAGGAAACGACCGCCCGAAACGACAGAUACCGUUUUGUUACAGUUUUGGACUUCAGAAAUUAUUCAUAAACUUUCUCAAGGUCUGCAACCCGAAUUUUCACUUUAGGGGCCCAUAUUUAUCUUUAAAUGAUUAAGUGGUAUCUCAAUACGCCACAAAUGCGAUACUAUAUUAUAAUUUCUAUUCAAAGAGGUUUCGGAACAGGACAAAAUUCAUGAUUACUUCAUGAAGUCGAAAACUGUAACAAAACGGUAUCUGUCGUUUCGGGCGGUCGUUUCCUUUAAUCGGUGCCGUGUUAAAACAAAUGUCCAUGAUGUUCUUGUACAAAUAAAACCUGUUUAAGGUUCUACAUUCAUUGUUUAGCGGCCUCCAAAACGGAUUUUUGGAGAAAAUUAGGUCAAAAAAUUCCAUUUUUUGAGUUUUCUUAUCAGAAGGGGCACAAUUUUAACAAAUGUGGGCAGUCUUACACACGAAUACGAUCAUUACCGUCUACAGUAUUGCUUCGGAUUAUCAAAACAACGGCACAAACCCAAAAAAAUUUUUGGCCGGGCCUUAACCAUAAACAAGGUCAUCAACCUUGAUUGAUGCCUGAGGGCAUAUGUACAAAAUAAGAAAUACUGGGAUUGGUGUGUAUUGAUAUAGCUAUCCUAGUCCAGUCGCAUAUGGCGGCAAUUUCUAACAUAAACCGCAUUUAAAGCACAAUAAUUAUGGGUGGCCAUUUUUUUUGACCAGGCCAAAAGAACAUCUUGCCCCAGUACGUGCUAGGCCAGCACUACAGUGCCACAAGCGUAUAGUCACACGUCUUAGUAUUCCAUAAGCUUUACAAUGAUACCAUAUUUAUCUUCGUACGACCACUCUCUUCUGCGUUAGAGCGCAUCAUCUUGGGGUGGCCGUUUUUUUUUGACCGCCACUGUAAGCAAAAAAGUAAAAAUCAGAAAAAUUAACACAAUUUUUUCUAUACAGGGUGUUUCAAGAAUGAUGGAAAAAAACUAUUAUACCCAUUAACAACUUUGUGCUCGGUGGUCCAAUCCAAAUUUUUUUUUUGCGUUUUAUAGAAAAAACCUUUGAAUUUUUAGCAUCAAAAAAAAUUUUCCUUUUAUCGACGGAGACUUCGGUAAUCCGCCUUGAAUUCGGCGGAGUGUUUUUUUCACAAAUGAGGCUGUAAGUCGUUGUAUGUGUAAAGAAAAUGGGCGGGAAAGGAUUCAGAGAGUACAAAAGACAUUUAUUUCACAAGGAAAGUACUUUUAUGGGGGCUCCUACUUUUUGACGGGACAUAUCUCAAAAAAUUAGAAAAAAUGUGCUGAUCAAGGAUAUAUAAAUCUUAGCUGCCCAUUUUAGGUUUUUAGGGGCGAAAAUGCCCAAAAACUGGCUUAAUUUCCCUACAAAAGGCGCAGGCAUUCAAAACGAUGAAAAGCGCAGUCCGUCUCUUCCUUCGGAAGAGAGCGAUGUGGCCGAGUGGCUAGUGCCGUAGUUUGGGAAUCAAGAGGGGAACGCCGCAUGGGUUCGAUUUCCCUUUUGGGCUGAAUCAACUUUUUUUGAAGAUGAAGGUUGGAAAAAUAAAUUUUUGUGCCAAGACUGAUUUAUUAUGCCUUAGAAACUCAAUAAACAUCAUUUUAAGCCAAAAUAAAAAUUGUAAACCUGUGAAACAUUAAGCGAAAAGGGGUUCAUAUAGGACUUUAAGUCAACUUCCGAUCGAGUUUUCACCCCUAAAAACCUAAAAUGGGCAGCUAGGAUUUAUACAUCCUUGAUCAGCACAUUUUUUCUGAUUUUUUGAGAUAUGUCCCGUCAAAAAGUAGGAGCCCCCAUAAAAGUACUUUCCUUGUCAAAUUUUUGUGAUUCGGCGCAAUUCGGCGGAGAAAUCGGCGGAAAAAAUUCAUUACUUAAAGACAAAAGUAAAAGCCAGAAAAAUGAACACGAAAACACCCAAAUCGAGUAUUUUCAGAAAAUUUUUUUAAAGUUUUGUUAACAUUAAAAAAAGAAAGGAAUACGUAAAUACAGAAUUUUUACAAAGGCACAGGGGUGCUGAGGAUAUUUGCAAGGGUUUCAGAAAUCGUCCCUAAUGGCAUCUGCGUAUAAUGCCAAAAACAUAAUACAUAUUUCGAAGUAACGUUGCUGUCUUUCAGAUAUACGAUCUGCGAUCUCAGUUUCUGGAGAUCAGUUUACAAUUGGACAAGAAUCAAGGAAAAGAUGAAGUGAAUGAAGAAGAGAAUCGUAUGCUUUAUGGAGUUAGCGAGAUCACCUCAGGCUACACUCGACUUCUUGAUUCCUUGCAGAAGUCUGUCGAUAUUCUGGAGAGGUUUGGAAUACGCUCAAUCCAAUCCAAGACCGAGUUAUUUCCUUACGAAAAUCUGAUGGAAUUUGUCUUGAAGUUGAAGAAGAUCCUGAUAAAACUUCACUUUUAUGUUGACACUCUGGUUGACAUUACCCCGGAUUAA